AUGCAGAACGGGGAACAGCGCCAGCAGGCCAGCGGACCAGUCACCACGCUAUUGCCACCGCCGAAAGCCCUGGACACCACAGGAGACGUAUGGCGAAGCUGGAAGACAUGGCGGCAAGAGUUCGAGCUCUUCGCAACGGCAACAUACCUGAACCAGCAACCGAAAGAGGUACAGGCAGCCACCUUUCUUAUGAUUAUCGGAGAGGACGCACGCAAGACGUACAGCACUCUUGAUUUUGCAACUGACGAAGAGAAGUCGGACGUAGAAGUACUGAAAAUGAAGUUUGAGGCAUUUUACAAACCAGCUCUAAACUUAGCCUACCAUGAGUUCCGCUUUGGAAAGUGCGACCAAAAGGACGGUGAAAGUUUCAAUGACUGGCUGACAGACCUCAGAGUGCUAGCAAAAAGCUGCGAGUUUGGGCAGCUUGAAGAGCGUAUGCUGAGAAGCCGUAUUAUUCUCGGAAUUAGAGAUAAAAAGCUGCAAGAAAAGCUAAUCUCCGAAAAUGCUUCUUUCACGAAGACCGUAGAAAUGUGUCGCUCUCGUGAACAUGGCAAAGAACAGUGUGAAGAGAUACAGGCGCGCCCGAAAAGCGAUUACGCAGCCGAGAUGAACGCGCUAUCUGAAGCGAAAGGUCAGCGUUGUACAAAGUGCGCAAAGGUUCAUCAGACCGACCGUGUGUGCCCAGCAAAGGGACGCACGUGCAGGAAAUGCGGUGGCAGAAAUCACUUUGCGAUAGCCUGCAAGAAGAUGCAAAAAAGAUUUCAUUCGAAAGAGCAUGCAGUAGCAUCUGUCGAUGCAGAAGAAGGCGAUUUCUGGUUAGAAACGCUAUCGCAUGCCCGUGGGAAAGACGACCGCUGGACGGCUACCGUUGAGAUAGAAGGAAAGCCUAUUUUUUGCAAGUUAGACACAGGCGCAACAUGCUCGGUUAUAGCACGCAGCCAGCUGCAGAAAAUAACAAACAAGCAGCCACUUGAUUGCAACGUUGUUUUAAACACAUUUUUUGGCUUCCAGAAAAAAGCGACGAAACAAGUUCGUCUUGAAGUGGCAACGAGAGAAAGCAAGAUUCUGACAGAGUUUUUCGUCGUGGAUGACGAAAUCGCCGUGACCUUGAGCGGUACAGUUGCCGAAGAGCUUGGCUUGCUCCAACGUGUCUGCUCUGUCGACCAAAUAGAGCUUUACGGCACUGCCAAGCCUUACGAAGACGUGUUUGAAGGUCUGGGUCAACUGGAGGGUAUUGUCUACCAUCUAAAGCUCAAGCCCGGGUCCCAGGGAGUAGUGAAACCAGCACGGCGGAUUCCAAUAGCAUUGCAAAGCAAGGUGAAAGCUGAGCUCGACCGCAUGGAGACUGCUGGAGUCAUCGUGAAAGUGACCGAGCCGACAGAGUGGGCCAGCAACAUGGUCGUUGUUACAAAAGGAGAGAAGGAGUCCGUCCGGUACUUGGGACACAUUUUGACGCGCGACGGCCUGAGCCUGGAUCCACAGCGGCUAGAAGACAUCUUGCAAGUCCAGACGCCAAGCAACCAGAAAGAGCUGCAGACGUUCCUGGGCAUGGUUUCAGACAGACGGCUGAGCCAAGUUCUACAAGAGACCGACCAGGACCCUGUGAUGGUGAAACUUCGACAGUACGCAAGCAGUCAGUGGCCGGAGAGCAAAGCUGACGUCAGCAGCGAGCUACGAUGCUACUGGAGCUUCCGCGACGAGCUGCAUACGCAAGAUGGCCUAGUAUUCAGGAGCAACCGCCUCAUCAUUCCGGCCAAGAUGCGCAGCGAAGUUCUUGCCUGCCUUCAUGCAGCGCAUGGGGGAGCAGAAAAAAUGAAAGCACGUGCUCGAGCUGUACUUUUUUGGCCUUCUAUAAACAGCGAUCUAGAGGAAGUUGCUCGACGCUGUGAGACCUGCCAAAAGCACAAGCCACGAAAUCUGCGCUUGCCAUUGAUGAACCAUGAAAUUCCUAGCCUACCCUGGGAAGUUGUGGGAGCCGACAUAUGCUAUCACAAUGCUACCGAGUACUUGGUGGUUGUUGACUUUUAUUCUUUCUUUUUCGAAAUCAGGCCCGUGAAGACGACAGCCGACAAGGUGAUUGCUGCCUUCGCAGACAUAUUCGCCACUCAUGGCUUCCCGCAGCGCCUAUGCACGGACAAUGGACCGCCAUUCAGCAGCCAGGACUUUCGUGAAUUUGUCGGUAAGAUUAGCUUGCACCAUGUUCGCUCCAGCCCCUAUCACCCUCGAUCAAACGGAAUGGCUGAACGUGCGGUGCAAGAAGCCAAAAAAUUGCUGAAGAGGUAUCGGUACGGCACAGUGGAUUUUUGUGCUGCAUUGCUUGAAUGGAGAAACACUCCUCGCGAUUCCUAUUUGAAAUCUCCAAUGCAGAGACUCAUGGGCCGAAAUGCGAGGACGCUGCUGCCAGUCACGGAAACCCACCUGCGACCGCAGACCAUACCGCCAGAGGAGGUUCAACGGCGGCUCCACGUCAUCAGAAGUAGACACCGUUCCUACUACAACAGGGGUACAAGGCCGCUACCAGGACUUCCUGAGGGCUCCCGCGUCACAGUGUACAACGUACCAUCAAAGACCUGGUCCCCUGCUACGGUUAUCAAGCCUGCCAACAGUCCGAGAGCCUACAUUGUUGAGACCGAAGAUGGACUCCAGUUGCAGCGCACCAGAGAACAUCUCCGUCUGGCCCCCACUCCACUGGUGCCCCCCACACAAGAACAUCAAGCUGACGUGGGGGGCACCAGUGGAGUGGGGGCCAGACGGAGAUGUUCUCUGGUGCGCUGCAACUGGAGUCCAUCUUCGGUCUCAACAAUGUAG